UGUACCCUGGUCAAAUAUCAUGGAAAUCUUGGAGGAAAAAGACGGGGUCGACACAGAGCUGCUAGUUUAUGCGAUGACUUUAGUGAACAAGACGUUGUCAGGAUUGCCAGACCAAGAUACCUUCUACGACGUGGUGGACUGCCUGGAGGAGCUGGGCAUUGCGGCCGUGUCCCAGCGGCACUUGAACAAGAAAGGGACUGACCUGGACUUAGUGGAGCAGUUGAACAUUUAUGAGGUGGCACUGCGGCAUGAGGACGGUGAUGAGACGGCUGAGCCACCCCCCAGUGGGCGUCGGGACCGGAGGAGGGCCAGCCUGUGUUCCGGGGGCGGCGUGGGCGAGCAGCGGGGCCUGGACCGCAGGCGCAGCCGCAGGCACUCAGUGCAGAGCGUCAGGGGUCCCCUGUCGGCCCCCACCAGUCCCUGCUCCCAGGCGGCUCCAGGAUUCAAGCCCAGUCAAGUGCGGGAUCUCCGUGAAAAGGUGGAAGUCCUGCUCAUUUCAUUUGGGUGGAGCAUUUUCCCCAUCAUGGAGAUCCACCUGGAGCCAAAAGUGGAGGAGGGCAUUGGUCUGGGAGUGAUGUGCAAGACACUGUCCGUGUUGACACCCUUCUCUACCAUAGGCCUCUAG